CGUGAGAGUUGUCUGUCUUGUUGUCACAAUAGAUCCACCUGCCAACUUUUGCGCGAGAAAAUAGAAUCUAUAAUUUAGUGAGUUUUGUAGAGUUAAUACACUCAGUAUGCAUUACAAACAGUAAAUUAACACACUGGUGUUGGGAUGGAAGGAUGACAGUUGGCAGCAGAAUGGUCGAAGACCAUUGAAAAAAAAAAAGGAUAAAGAGUUAAUGUGUUUGGUUUCGUGCUUCGAUGUCCGUGUUUACCUGUGUGUUUACCUGCGUGUUGACCCAGUUCUGGCACCGCCUCGCUUGUGAUCUAAAGAAUCACUUGGAAUGUUCUCUAGGACCGUAGUGGACAUACUUAAAGUCUGUGAGUACUGUGUGAGUACUGUAUUUGUGCUGCUCCAAAGACAGAGAGAUGAUCCAAUACUUUCAAAGCCUGACGAGUCAAAAGAAACUGAUGGGGCUAUCAAUGACAGCGACUUCAGAUUACAAACACUAGAAUCUGAUACAGUGAAGGUGUGUCAGCUAAUCAACUGUCCCUUCAGUUGUCCACUAUGUCCAGCGAAAUGAACAGGAUGGACGGCAAUGAAAGAUUUCGUCAACUGGUCAAGAGUGAGAACGUCAAAAUCCUGAGUAAACUUCUUUCAGAGCUGGGUCUCCUGGAGUCAAGGAAACUCAUUCAGGAGUGUUACCGGGAUGAACCAGAACCUGCCGUGAUACAGUACGUCAAAAAAGCGGCUGGCGCUUCAUUAACAAAACAUGAAGAGAUUUUGGACUGCUGCAAACUGCUUUUGAAGUACGGAGCAGACGUGAAUGAGAUGAGUUACUCGAAGAAAACUGCCCUCCACCUGGCGUGUCGUCUGGGAGACGAGAAAAUGGUCAAACUGUUACUGGAACAUGGAGCCGACCCUUCCAUCAUGGACGGAUCAGGGUUCAAUUCUCUUCACUUAGCCGUCCACUCCGGGGCCGUUGAAUGUGUUCGUCUUAUCUUAGGCAGAACUAAAGAGCUGAUCAAUGCUCACGAUGCCCAUGGGGCCGCCCCUGUCCUGACGGCGGUACAGAAAGGUGAUAGCGAUCUGCUCAACGUGCUGGUCACCUCGGGCGGUGACGUCAACAUACAGGAGGUGACGUCCAAGCGUUCACCGUUGCACUAUGCACUGUACCUUCAAAAUAAAGAGAUCUUCCAAUAUCUGCUGAAUAACGGAGCUGAUCUGACGAGAACUGACCACAGGGAGACCAACAUAGUCCACCGGUGCUGCGCUGUGUCCGAGCCAUGGUACUUGGAGCAGAUCCUGUCCAGUAGCUCGCCCAACACCAAGAAGGCGCUGAAGAUGGAAGACGGUGAGGGCGCCACUCCAGUUAUCGUGGCGUGUCAAAACGGGAACAUAGAACAACUGCGCCGUCUGGUGGAGUCUGGGGCCCCAGUCGCCAACAAAGACAAAUUCCGCCGAUGUGCCUUACACCACUGUGCCGAGAACACGGACACGAGGUGUGCCGAGUAUAUCCUUCGGUCCAUUCCGUCACUGAUGACGUGUGCCGACGAGGAAGGUUUGACGCCGUUGCACAUGGCGGUGAUUGCCGGAAACAUUCCGCUGAUCAAACUGCUGCUGAAAAGGGGAGCCAACUUGAAGGCUGUCGAUAACGAAAAGCACACAGUUGCACACUGGGCCACAGUAUGCGGGCAUGCUGAGGUCCUGGAUGUACUUUUGGAAAACGGUGCUGAGCUGGAUGUCCCAGACAAACAUCACGCCUUCCCAGUACACUAUGCGGCCCAGAUGGUUACCAGCAGUGGCGCAAGUCAAAUGAUUCUGAAAACGUUACUUAGCAACAGCGUCUCAGUGGAAGCUGAAGAUAAAGAUAAGAGAACUCCAAUCAUUUGGGCUGCGAGCGCAGGUAGCUCCCAGGCGUGUACAAUACUUGUUGAGUUCGGGGCAGACGUGAACAGAGCAGACAAAGAUGACCUAACUGCGCUGCACUGCGCGUCCAGCAGAGGUCAAACCGCCUGCGUGGAGACCUUAGUCAAAAACUGCAAUGCUGACCUAGAUCCAGUGGACAAAAACCAGUGCACGCCCCUGUUUUAUGCCGCGACACUGGGUCACAUUGAGUGUUUGAAAAAACUGUUGGACCUUGGAGCAGACAGCAGUCGCACUGACACUCGAGGCAGAACUGUAGCUCAUUGUGCAGUGGUCAGUGGUUCCACAGAAGCUCUUCAGGUUUUAAGUGAUUACAAUAUUGACCUGUGGACAAGAAAUCUAAAAGGCGAUCAACCGAUCCAUGAGGCUGCACAAUCUGGACAUAUCGAUAUUCUACUGUACCUUCUUGAGCAUAGCCCUGAUCAACCGGAGACCGGUCAUCAGGAAGCCAUUGACACCGCCAAUGGAGAUGGACGCACGUGUCUUCACAUUGCAGCGCUGACCAACAACUUGUGGCUGUGUAAGACUUUAUUGGCGAACAACGCCCAUGUCAACGCUGUCAUGACCAAUAAGGGUAAAUAUUACACACCAUUCGAUGUUGCACUUAUAAAGGGACACAAUGAUAUCAAAGACCUUCUUGUCGACCACGGAGCAAGACCAGGUUCUGUCAUCGUAGACCAGGCAGCCGAGUCAAUCCAGGUCAAAUACAGAUAUCACAAGAAACAAACGCAGCGUGACAUAGCAUCUACAGUAGGAGAUAAUCCCAGUAAAAGUGAGCAGCAGAAGGGUACUGACAGCUCUACUAACUUGGAAGUUCAGAAGUUAGUCACUGUUGAUGAAAAUGACAAUUCCAACAGCGUACUAGAAGACCGUCAAGAAAGUCCACGCUAUGUGGACAAGUCUACACAAAUCAGAACCAAUCCCACCAACAAAAACUCAAGAGAUACGGUAGAUGAAAGCGUUGCUAGCGAACAAAGCAUCUCAGCCGAUGCGGACAAGUCAACGCUACUUCUUCAACCCCAGGAGUCAAAACCCUACAAAAGCUUAACUGACUCCCUUUCAUCCAGUUCGCAGGUGCAGAGCUCGGGACCAAAGGGCGUGCUCAGCAAACAAAGAAGAAUCAGAGCUUCGAGCCACUCUGAGGAGCGUGAGACACCGUCUGAAAAGUCUACAUCUCACGGCAACACCUCAGACGUAGAAUCGUCUGGGGCCGAUCCCAUACAAAGAAAGCCUAAAGUGAAAAAAUCGUUGAAAAAUAGAAAUGGAAAGGUUCUGAAUAAAUCACAGGCUGUGGAAGAGCGCAGCUCCAGUCGAAUUGGCACUACCAGUGUCAGCUUGCCCUCUUUAUCGGAGGAGAGCCACAGUCAACGUAAGUGCUCUUCCUUUGAUAGUUUCAAAGGACACAACUGUUCUACUUCUGCAACUUCCCAAGAGCUGAACGAGUCAGACAGUGAGAAAAUGGGUUGCAGCAGAUCUGCGUUUGCGAAAAACAAUUCAGUGCAAAGUGAGCCAGAUCAAAAAUAUACUAUUUCUGAAGGCAAGGGAAAUAAUCCCAAGAAAAGGGCACAAAUGCCUCGUAAAAGAAAUCCAACACUGGGCAACACUAAGAAAUACAGAUCAGGAAAUUAUGCAAAUCGCAAAAGCAGACGAAAAGAAGGCAGCCCUGGAAAGUCUCCAAAUACGCAAAGAAAAAUCACACGUAAGGAAACUAAUAACAAUAGUCUCAUCGUAAGUUCCGAACCCGUUCAAAAAAAGUCACUGUCAAAUGACGACAGCCAUUUGGAAAGUAAUAGAAACCUUCAAGUUGUCUUGUCAGACAAAUCACUUGAUCACGAUACCGAGGUGAACACUAAAUUACGCCUUGAGUCAGACAAAUCACUUGAUCACGAUACCGAGGUGAACACCAAAUUACGCCUUCAGCCAGACAAAGAAUUCGAGGCGGGAUUCAAAAAGGUCAACAGAGAAACGUUCAGUUCACAGAGUGAUUCGAGCCACACAGAUGAAGACGAGCAGAAGAACACAACAGAGAGCCAACAGAACCAUACUGCAAGUGAAGAUUCAGAGGAUAGUUCCCACAAGAAAAUAAGAAAAAGUAAUUAUAGCAAAAAUACAGAUGAGACUAAAGAAAAUGAGGUCAAAGGUCAUUCUCCUAGAAAGAAAAAAAGUGCACGUAACAUGGUUCAGUCUGUACAGGCCAGUGUCCGGAGGUAUGAGCAGGAGAGGAAGUCUAUCAGGCAACUCCACCAGCUGAAGAGAACUUUGUUAUACUCAGGUCCGACCAAGAACAACACUGUGUUUAGGAAAGUCCCUGGACCCCACAGCAACAACUCACCAGACAGAUACUACCAAGAUCAAGGGAAACAUAAGCAGUCAUCCACAGAGAAACAGAGUGCUUCUGCUAAUGGACAUGGGACAAGCAGCACUGACCAGUCUACAUGGAGUAGGAACCAUUCAAAAGUACAUAAGAGAAAAACAGAACAAGAUGGUGUGCUCACUGAUCAGUACAGUAAGAGCUUAGAUGAAACAUCACCAAGGAAAAUGGUUCAUGAGACAGAGCAGCGUAGACCCCACACAAACCUUGAAACCAGGAGACUCAAUCAUGAUUAUGGUCGACUAAGAGAAGAUAAUGGUUACUAUGAUGACCCUCGCUUGUCUACAAGUCUGAAGGCUAUCAAGAGAAGGAAAGAAUUGGCACAGAUGCAACUCAUCAAGGCAUAUCAACCUUUUGGAGGAAUAGAAAUUUUUACUAAUACCUCAAUCUUUCAGACUAGUCCAAGAAGUGCAAAGCGUCCAUCACACAAUGCAGGAAACAAGUCAUCAAGCAGUAAAGGCAAGCAAGCAGGAAUCUAGAGUAUGGAAUUUUUUAGUUGGAAUAUGUUUAUACACUGCAAAUUUAUAUAUGGCUUUGAGGACACAGACUUCAACUGAUUAUUGGCCACAGUUGCCAUGACUCCAACCUUUACCACCUGAAAGUAGAAUGCAGUUAGGUGCUUUAGUUCUUCAUCAUUAGACUUAACACGCAUUUGAGACCAAAUGAAAAAUCCGCUGCUGAGGACAAAUGUUAAUGGC